AUGGCCAACGAGACUUCCAAUGUCCGUAGAACCUCACAGGAACCUGCUGAUGGACCUCCUGCGAAGAAACAGAGACUCGAUGAGGCGGCACCUACUGAAGAAGCUUCCAAAGAAGGUGUACAAGCUGAUCAACGAAAGCGGGGUAUCGCGCCUAUCAAACCAGAAUUCCUAGUUGCAUUCAAUGGCAACCAAGCCAUACCCAAAGCCUCGAAUGAAGAAGAUGAUAUCGCCGAAGGGGCAGCCCACGCGGAAAAAGAGCAAGAUCAGGAUAACAAGAAGCGCAAACAGAAAAACAGAGGCCAGAACGUUGGACGCAAAUUCGGAAGGUCGAAAGACGAGAAAGGUCUCUGCGCGUCGCGCGCUACAUACCCGGAGUUUUCUCCAGCUGAGUGCCAGUAUGGUGAAGGCUGUAAAUUCGAGCACAACUUGCGUGUCUAUUUGGAGCACAAACGCGAAAAUCUACACACCUUUGAUGAUGUUUGCCCCGUUUGGCAAGUCCGUGGAACAUGUUCUUCGGGCUGGAAGUGUCGCUUUGUACAUUCGCACAUGACCGAAAGAGAUACUCCCGACGGCAAACGGGAGCUGGUCCUCGUGGACGAUGAAGAGCGCAAACAGAAGUGGCUGUCUACGCCCUUCGCUGAGGACGAUGGAAUGGCGAAUGUUGUUCCCAUUGUGCACAAGGAUGCUUUGAGAAGAAGGAAGUUUCCCAUGCCCAAAGCUGAAGCUUACGUCGCCUGGUUCGAUCAGACGGCAAAGGAAUUGGACAAGUUCGUUCACGGAAAAAACAAGGAGACUGAAGGCACAGAGACAGAAGCUCAGCAGGAGAAAGAGGAUAAUAGAGCCCAAUAUACUGAGCCCCCAUUCCUUCCUUCCGAGAAGCGAAGAGUUUAUUUCGGUGCAGAAACCCCUGCUUUGGCCCCUUUGACUACUCAGGGAAAUACUCCGUUCCGCAGACUUUGCACAGAUUUGGGUGCACAAUUCACUUACUCUGAGAUGGCAAUGGGUAUGCCCCUGGUUCAAGGACAUAAACCGGAAUGGGCUCUUUUGAAAGCUCAUGCGUCGGAAUUGACACCUCCAACAAUAUCAAGCAAAGCAAACGUGGUCCAGGGAUACGAUCACUCCCGUGAUAUGAAAUUCGGUGCUCAAAUCGCAGCCAACAAGCCACAUGUAGCUCUGAAGACGGUCGAGAUCUUAGCUGCUCUCACCCCGCAUCUUCGUGUGAUCGAUCUCAACUGCGGAUGUCCCAUUGACUUGGUUUUCAAAGAAGGAUCCGGAUCAGCCCUUCUCGACUCUCCUUCGAAACUGGAGAAGAUUCUUCGAGGUAUGAACGCCGUAUCUGGAGAGAUACCCAUCACGGUCAAAAUCCGUAUGGGUACCAAAGACAACCAGCCCACUGCCCUCAGACUUGCCGAACGUCUUGUCUUGGGCGGCGCUGACGCUCAAACAAUGGGUAUCGGACCCCCAGGCAUCGCUGCAAUCACUCUUCACGGCCGCAGUAGACAGCAGCGCUACACCCGGAGUGCAGAUUGGGGUUAUAUAUCUGAAUGUGCAGCGCUUGUUAAGAGACUGCGCUCACAGUCAGAUGCAUUGGCAGACACUGUAAGAGAACCAGAAGAGAGGCUUCAACCCAAUGGAAGCAAAAUCUACUUCCUUGGCAAUGGCGACUGUUACUCUCAUGAAGACUACUAUGGCCAUGUUCAGAACGCAAAUGUCGAUACCGUCAUGAUCGGACGUGGUGCGUUGAUCAAGCCAUGGUUAUUCGAAGAGAUUCAAGCAGGACAGUACCUGGACAAGUCAGCAUCCGAACGUCUAGCCUUGGUUGAGAAAUUCGCCAGAUACGGAAUGGAGAACUGGGGCUCUGAUGAACAUGGUCUGGGGAUGACUCGUCGAUUUCUUUUGGAAUGGCUCAGCUUCGCUUAUCGCUAUGUUCCUAUCGGGAUGUUGGAAUAUCUGCCGCCCCGUAUCCAGGAUCGACCUCCAGCAUUCAAAGGCCGGAACGAACUUGAGACGCUGCUCGCGAGCGACAAUUACAAAGACUGGAUUAAAAUAACUGAUAUGUUCCUUGGACCAGCUCAUCCAGACUUCAAGUUUGAGCCUAAACAUAAGAGUAACGCAUAUGAUGCGGAGACUCAGGGAUAG